AUGGCUGUGAACAUACCAGGCAUCAUCGCCAUCGUGAUCUUCUACCUGCUGAUCCUCGGCAUCGGGCUGUGGGCGGCCCGAAGGGGGGCCAAGAAGAACCCGGACGGUCCGGAGAGCGAGGAUGUCAUGCUGGCGGGACGGGAUAUCGGGCUGGUGGUCGGCAUGUUCACCAUGACAGCAACGUGGGUGGGAGGAGGCUAUAUAAACGGAACAGCGGAAGUGAUCUUUGACCCUGCGCAGGGGUUCAUCUGGUGUCAGGCGCCGUUUGGAUAUGCCAUCAGUCUCGUUAUAGGAGGACUUUUCUUCGCGAAGAAGAUGCGAGCUGCCGGCUAUGUGACGAUGUUGGACCCGUUCCAGCGGCGGUACGGAGACAGGAUGGGCGGGCUGCUCUUCAUCCCCGCUCUGCUAGGGGAAGUCUUCUGGUCCGCAGCCAUCUUGUCCGCUCUGGGCGCGACGCUGAAAGUUGUGCUUGAACUUGAGAUCAACACUGCUGUGAUCGUCUCGGCCGCCAUUGCCGUGUUCUAUACCUUAUUUGGAGGGCUGUACUCCGUGGCGUAUACUGACGUCAUACAGCUCAUUUGCAUAUUUCUUGGACUGUGGAUCUCCAUCCCCUUCGCCCUGACGAACCCCCUGGUGUCGGAAAUCGGGACCACCACCGAGACCCGGCUCCUGUACACGCCUGUGAACGCCUCCGUGUACAACAGAACCUUCAACCAGACAGAGACGGCGGGCUGGUACGGGACGUGGGACACCACCUACACCGGCGUCUGGAUAGACUACGCUCUGCUAUUGAUGUGUGGCGGUGUCCCGUGGCAGGUGUACUUCCAGCGGGUGCUGUCCUCACGAUCGGCCCACCGUGCGCAGGUGCUGUCGUUCACGGCUGCGAUUGGUUGCGUCAUCAUGGCCAUUCCCGCCGUUCUGAUUGGUGCGAUCGGAGCCUCCACAGACUGGCCAUCAACAAGCUACGGCAAAGACCCCGCCACGGAAGACCCGCCACAAGCCAGCCUGAUCCUGCCGCUGGUCCUGCAGCACCUGACGCCCGUGUGGGUGUCGUUCUUCGGACUUGGCGCCGUGUCGGCUGCCGUCAUGUCGUCUGCGGAUUCUUCCAUCCUCUCAGCGAGCUCCAUGUUCUCCAGGAAUGUGUACAAGCUGGUCUUCCGCCAGAAGGCGUCUGAGAGGGAAAUCAUCUGGGUGAUGCGCGCGUCCAUUUUCGUGAUGGGAGCGCUGGCGACUGUCCUGGCACUCACCAUCAAGACCAUAUACGGUCUGUGGUUCCUGUGCUCCGACCUGGUGUUCGUCAUCCUGUUCCCCCAGCUGAUCUCUGUGGUGUACCUGCAGUUCACCAACACGUACGGCUCGCUGUGCGGCUACAUCGUGGGGAUGGUGCUCAGGUUAUGCGGAGGGGAGACGAUCAUUGGUCUCCCGCCAGCGAUCAAGUUCCCGUACUUCGUGGAGCCUGAGACCCAGCUGUUCCCGUUCCGCACCCUGGCCAUGCUGUGCAGCUUCGUCACCAUCCUGCUGGUUUCCCUCCUCACACAGCGGCUGUUCAAAGGAGGCGUCAUCCCGCUUAAGUACGACAUUGCCGGCUGCUACAGUCCGGAAAGGGAACGGAACGGACCCAAGACGACGGAAGUGGCGAUGAACGACGCCGGGUAUCCGGAAACCGCGUUUCCUCCGGAAGGGAAAUACACGCCUUACGAUACCUCCAAACUGUAAAUAACGUAUAGAUAUUGUACUUAUACUAUCAUGAAAGUUCAUCUGUGUUGGUAGUUACAUGUUUAAAAAAUGAUUCUCACCUAGAGCUUUCGACCAGUCACUCAAAACAUCACCGAUUGAGAACAAUAAAGGAUACGCAACCGCGUUAAACCGGAAGGGAAAUACACGCCAUAUGAUACCUCCAAGCUGUAAAUAACGUAUAGAUAUUGUACUUAACUUGUUAUCAAUUAAGUCUCACUGUAAUGAUGUUGUCUUUGACUGUUAGUGUUAGCAGUGCCCGUUUGAAAAUCUGACAAAAUCGCAACUUUUUCUUAAGGCUACAUUGUACUUUAUUUUGAUAUCGCCCUACGUUUGAUUCACCAAAAAAUGCAAACAUCACCAAUUAAUUACCAAUAACAGAUAUACGUUCGUCAACUGGCUUCUUAAUACAUGUACUUAUAUAUUAUGUGUCUCUGAGAAGACUUAAGGACACCACCUAUUUAACAUGUCGUACUUUUAUCUCCUGUUGAGAUGGGCUAGUGUAGUUUCAUAGAAAGGAGGAAAAAACUUACGAGUAUCAUAGCGUCUAAAACAUAUCCACUAUACAGGGACCAAUAUAUAACACGGUCUACCUCUAGGGUGGGAGUGUAUCCGACACAUCAAUGACGCGUUUAUAGGUCAAAAUAAGGACUUUGUACGAAGCUAUCUGUAACCUUUUCCUUACCUGCCAGAAACUAAUUAGUUAAGCAGAUGAAAGAAAAAAGACUGAAACAUGCAUUUUGAUGAAAUGUGGUAAUGCAACUAACGGGACAAUCUGGGACUAACGGGACUGUAGAAAUUUUCUGACAUGUGUAUCUGAACUUUUUUUAUUAUUUUGAAAUAUGUAAAAAGUGUACGUUAAAACUCCGACAGCUGUCAUUUUUUCUAUACUUGGAAGCAGAUCUGAUAAUGAUACUGAAUCCUCAUGACUUCCAUUUCCAAGUAGUAAGCCUCGUGUUAAGAUACAUGAUAAAUGUAUAUAUAUAUUUCAACAGCAACAAACUAUAUAUCGAAAUUUUCUGUGACUUUUCUCUAUCAUGUACAUACUGGUAUUUCCUGUGGCAUUUCUCAGUAGGAUUCAUUGUAUGAUCACUUUUUAUGAAAUAGCACCCUUUCGAAAUAUAUGCAACGCCAGUGUGUAACACGUUAUAUUUGUAGACUUGACAAUGAAUAGGCUAGUAGUACGUAUACACAACAAUUCUACUUUGAAGAAACAAAUAAAGUUUGUGUGGUGAUUAUGUACAGGACUCACUGUAUAUAAGACCAAAGAAUACCUAGCCCUACGCUCUCUGUGUUAGAACUUAGAAGUAUGUAAUUGAUAUACAUAACUUUCGACAAUAACAAACUGCUACGUACAAUUCAUUCAAAUAGGAAAUGUGUUAGAUGUGAAGUAGAGACACACGUUAAUUCAUUAAAAGAAAAUAAGUGAAUGUCUAGAUCUGUGUACUAGUAAUUUACCCUGUACAUACGAUUAUAAUAAACGU